AUGGCCGCGAAAACUAAUCAUAUAAUAUCAGCUGCCAUUGACUUUGGAACAACAUUUUCUGGAUAUGCAUUUUCUUCGCUAAACGACUUUCAGUCCUCACCUGACCUAGUAUCAUCUAUGGUAUGGACGGCCGGCUCCGGAUGUCUACAGUCUCUGAAAACCUCAACUUGUGUGUUGUUCAGUCCGCACAAAAAAUUCUCUGCUUUCGGAUUCCAAGCUGAAGACAAAUAUUCUGAAUUGGUUUUAGAGAAGAAAGAAAAAGGAUGGUACUUAUUUCGCAGAUUCAAGAUGGAGCUUUACAAUGCAAAGAAAGUGACCACGUAUAUGACGCUUAAGUCAGUAGACGGGAACACUCUACCCGCUUUGGACGUCUUCUCGGCAGCUAUUGGGUAUAUGAAGGACCAUCUUUUACAGAAAUGCUCUACCCAGGGCCUGGAUCUUCUGCCACAUGAUAUACAGUGGGUUCUUACUGUUCCCGCCAUUUGGGACGACACAGCGAAAUAUUUUAUGAGGAAGGCAGCAGAACAGGCUGGCAUUUUGGCCGAGACACUACAUCUGGCUCUGGAACCUGAAGCAGCAGCAUUGUAUUGCCAACAUAUUCAUGUGAACAUGUCCGACGACGACGGUAGAAAAACGCUCGAAACAUUCAAACCUUGGACUAAAUACAUGGUUUUGGAUGCUGGAGGUGGAACAGUGGACAUAACGGUCCACCAGGUUCAGGACGGUGGAACACUGAGAGAGGUUUGUGCAGCAAGUGGCGGAGACUGGGGUGGAACAAAGGUGGACGAACAGUUCGAAAAUUUACUGAAAAAUGUAUUCGGUCAAGAUGUCUUUGAAACCUUCCGACGUGAAAAUAUUGAUGACUUUUUGGAGAUCCUUAGAAACUUUGAAGUGAAGAAAAGAACUCUGUCAGGGAGACAGGACGAACACAUUACUUUUUCUAUACCUCCUUCCUUGCUAGAUAUCCACGAAAAUCUCGAGCAGUCAAGAUCUGCCAGUGAUUUUGUUGCUGCAAACUCUGGAUAUAUCUUCUUAAAAAAGAACAAGUUUCGCAUAUCAGCGCAAAACGCGAAGUCACUCUUCAAGUCUUCUACUCGUGGCAUCGUGAAACAUCUCAAGACCUUGAUAAAAGACCCACUUGUCGCCGAUAUAUCCUCCAUUAUUAUGGUGGGUGGAUACUCGGAAUGCUCAUUUCUUCAAAAAAGGGUGAUACGCGCAUUCCCCAACAUCCGUGUGAUUGUUCCAUCAGAGCCUGACCUUGCUGUACUGAAGGGGGCAGUAAUAUCUGGUCACACCCCCUCUGCUAUCACUCACAGGGUCUGCCGUUACACAUAUGGCUUUGGAGGAAAUAUAGCUUUUCAAGAGGGUGUCCAUGAUGAGAAACGGAAAUAUGUAAAUGCUAGAGGCAAGGUUAAAUGUCGCGGAACAUUUAACACGCAGGUUAAUAUCGGGGAUGUAAUAAGAGUAGGCCGCAAGGGUGAACGAUUACCUUUUACGGUGAGGGAAGAAACAAGCACCAAGAUCUCUAUCAAAAGUUAUAUUUCUACACAAAGAAAUCCCAUGUACAUCGAACAUGCUGGAUGUAAAAUGAAUGGCUCUUUUUCUGUGGAGAUGUCUGAUAUAACAAAGGGGCUGGAUAGGGGAGUUCAUGUCCAGAUGAUAUUUGGUGGUACUGAAAUCAAAGUGGAGGCAACCGACAAAAACACAGGUGCAAAAUAUUCGUAUACAGUUGACUUUUAGACAAUAGUUUGACUAUCAUCUUCAUCAACGAAUACGAAUAUGUUUGCGUCAUCUCUUACAUAUUUCUGCAACUAUUAUUUGAAAAAAAAUCAGUAUCAGAUGCAAUAUGUAAAAGGGCAAAAUUUUCUGUCACUUUUAUCGAUGAACUGAAGUUUUAUGUAAAUGUCCACAAGGUUUCAUCAACGUAUUUUCAUAACUCAGUCAAUAUAAUUAUCAUUAUCAUUAGAACACGGGGAAGUUAUGCUAAACAAUAGGUUUGUAUGUAUUUUUAGGCUACUUGGUAAAUAAUACAUAGCAAUUUUACCAAUUCUAACAAAUGUUUAUUCUUUAGAGAAAGUAGAUUAUCGUGUUUUAAUCCCCAAAAUACAAUAUCAUUUGUUUUUCGCGUGAUAUUGAUUUUGAUAUGCACGUUUUGCUGAUCAAUAUUGGCUUGGAACUACCACUGUCAACGUUCGAAUCAUGAUCAAGAGCAUUAAUCGAUGUUGUAGACUUGGCAACGGAUGGGAGAUGUUUUCUUGUGUUACGUAUUGUGUAUAUUAUAGAAAAAGUAAAGGUCGUGUUUCGCUUAUUAUUACUUUGGCCGCUUAAGGCGAUAUUGUGAGCUGAAAUUAAAAAAAAACAUAGUCAACCAACACCAUAUGAAAUAAAGUCAAAUUGACAAUUAAAUAGUUUUACUCUACCGCUAAUAUAUGUCUCUGGUCGACGUAGUCAUUUUGUUUUUACUUAGAACACAUAUGGAGUAAAUCGUUUAUUUUACUUUAUUUUCCCAAAUGAAAAUCAGUAUUUCUAUCUUUGUAUCGAAUAUAUAAUAUUGAAAAUAUAUUUCCAGAACAAGCAUUAUUUCUCUAUUGUCUAAAUGUAUAAGUUGAAAAAAUAUCACAUAACGACAUAUACAUUACAUGUACAUGCAUGCAUGCAUGCAUGCAUGCAUACAUACAUACAUACAU